AUGCAGAACAAUGAACAAGCAGAGGUCACAAAUGGAGAACUCCAAAUGUUGUAUGUUGGGAUAGAGGUUGAGAUCAGAGUUGUGUUGGCAGGAAUACCAAUGGCUAGAUCAGCUGAACCAACCGAUCAUGUGCAAACACCUCAACCAACCAGGAGACCAGGAAAGGAACAUGCCAAGUUUUUGGCCACGGGAGUGCGCCCCAGAAGGAAUAAGAGGGCACCAGAUUGCUCUGAGAGUGGAGAAUCAGACUGA